AGUCUACAGCCUUUCAGUCUGAACCGUUUUCUAGAGAGAUUUAGACGGUUUAACAAUUUUUUUUAUUCAAUUGUAAUCAGAGUAAUUAAAACCGGAUACAGCGUUUAAAUUAAAUAUGGGGGAAGACCACAUAGAUCAUAACAGUUCUGUCUAUCGUGAAGUAGAACCGCUUAAUUGGAUGUUUUGGAAGAAAAGACGUUACAUCGUCGUUUUACUAGCAUUUUUAGGGUACUUUUCCAGUUAUUCGCUGAGAGUAAAUUUGAGCGUGGCCAUAGUGGUAAUGACUGCGAAAGAUGAAACAGGUGUCAAUGAACGAUACUUCGAAUGGAAUACACAGGAACGAGGACUAAUCUUAAGUUCGUUCUAUUGGGGCUAUAUUUUAACGCAGUUCAUUGGAGGCAUUUUUGCUAAACGUUUCGGAGGAAAUCUGAUCUUGGGCAUAGGCAUAGGAGUGCCAGCUGUAUUAUCGUUACUCACACCAUGGCUCGGUACAACUGUAACUGCAAUGGUUGUGAUUCGUGUACUGCAGGGAUUAUUUGGUGGGGUAACAUUUCCUUGCAUUCAUGAUAUAUGGUACCGUUGGGCACCAACUCCGGAACGGUCGAGAAUGACUUCAAUUGCAUAUGCUGGCAUGUUUAUAGGAACUGUCGUAACUAUGCCGACUAGUGCAUAUCUAGCCACUUCGUUAGGAUGGGAAAGCGUGUUUUACAUAUUUGGUGGUCUUGGUGUUCUCUGGCAUAUUGUAUGGAUUAUAGUAGUACGGUCAGCUCCAAACAAGGAUCGAUUUAUUUCAGACGAUGAACUACAGUACAUUGAAAACACGGUUAGCGUUGAAGUGAAAGAAAAGCGAGUUAUUCCAUGGCUAUCGAUAAUAACUUCGAGACCAGUACUAGCUAUCACUGUUGCACAAUUCGCAUUGAAUUGGGGUUAUAAUACAAUGCUCACUCAAAUGCCAUCGUUUUUAGCAGACACUCUAAAUUAUGAUCUGGGAAGCUCUGGAUUUUUAUCUGGAGCGCCUUACCUUACCAUGGGAAUAUUAGUUUCUAUUGCAGGAUUCUUGGCAGAUAUGUUUAUUAAUAAAAGAUGGCUAACGAUUACACAGGUUCGGAAAUAUUUUGUCAGCGUUUCGUCGUUGGUACAAGCAAUUUGCAUGAUAAUGGCUGGUUUUCUCGUCGAUCCCGUAUGGAGCGUAGUUCUAAUAAUACUUAGUGUUGGUACAGGUGGAUUUGUAACGUGUGGAUACUCCGUCAAUCCACUUGAUAUUGCACCGGAUUUCGCAAGCGUGGUUUUAGGAUUCUCGAAUACAUUUUCUUGUUUAACGGGUAUUAUUAGCCCUAUACUCACAGGGGUGCUAGUUCAGAAUCAGGACAUCGACGAAUGGCGCAUCGUAUUUUACAUUUCCGGUGGUAUCCAUGUUGUUGGAAGCGUAAUUUAUUGGUUCUGGUGUUCUGGAGAAAUACAGCCAUGGUCAGCCACUAAAAAAAUUGAUGAAAAAAGCGAAGAAUAACUCCAUCCACAUACGGAUAAUGACUUGGAUAAUACCGUACAACACUGGAAAUUUGUCCUAAUAAACUUUCUUUCAUCUGUGAAGCUGAUCACACCUUUCUCAAAUAAUUUUUAUUUCAGUCUUAAUUUCAUGCAGCAGAAAACCC